AUGAUCAUUCCGGCGUCAUGGCUUGUUGCGUCCUCUUUUAGGAUUACUGAGGCUUUCUCCAACCCAUAUUUGCAAUGGAUAUUCCUUGGCAUCCUUGCUCUUGUAGGGAUUAUAUGCGCCACGAUAAAUAUAGCCGGCCCCUUGCGAUAUGGAUAUCGCAAUCACAUAAUCCUCUACGUGAAUCUUCGUCAAAGGAUUCCCUCAUGGUCUCAUUUUCCCCUCUUGUGGCUCGCUUUUCACCCGUGGACCGGGUGGUGGCUUCUUGGGGGCUCUCUCUGCGUAACGUGGCAGUAUAUACGGGAGCAUCAUCGAGAGGCCGCGGCUGAGAUCACCGACAACGCUGAAAAGGCCAAGAUACGUGCCUCCUCGCUUUUGACUUGGGCUAAAGAUGAAGCCGCAGCGGCAGAGAGAUGCGAGCUUCAGGUUCACCACUUGGCAACCGGAAUUACGCGCGAUGCCCGGUCUGCCCACCAUGUCGGGCUUGCAGGCUACUAUCACGAAGAAGCAGCGCAGCACUCACAUGAAGGGAAGAUAGCCUAUGCUAUCGCGGCUGAGAAUACGUCAAACAUCGCAAUAAGAGUCACGCGGGGUGCACAGAAAGCUACGGAGGCAGCUAGGGCUGUAAGGGACUCGGCCGAUUCCGUUAGUAAACUCACGAUCGAUGCUAAAUCGCUAGCGGCGAUUGGGGAUAUUGCAGCGGCUAAAGCGGUUGUGAGCGAUCUUCAAGCAGCCCUGGAAAGCUGCGAGAAGAGCCAUGGGGAUGCCGUUCUUGCCAGAGAGAGCGUCCAGCUGAUGAUGGCUAGGUUUCACUACAAGGUAAUCAAUGAAGGUCAAGAAGACGGCCCACCUACACCUCAACCAGAGGACUCUGAUGAAGUCGUCCAUGAGUCUGAUGAAGUCAUCCAUGAAUCUGUUGAAGUUACCUAUGGGUCUGAUGAAGUCAUCCAUGAAUCUGUUGAAGUUACCUAUGAGUCUAUUGAAGUCAUCCACGAGACUGUAGACUAA